AUGGCUUUUUGGGAGUGUCUGAAGCAAAUUCCUCAUGAGAGAUUCUCUUUUACAAAAUUAUGGCUUCUAGUUGCUCAAUUUGAGAUCUGGCAGCUACAUCUCAAGGCUGCACGACAAAUCCUGGGAAAUGCAAUUGGCAAAGUUCCUAAAGAUAAGAUAUUCAACAAGUAUAUUGAGAUAGAGCUUCAGGUUGGAAAUAUAGACUGUGGCCGAAAGCUUUGUGAGAAGUAUUUGGAGUGGGCGCCUGAAAACUGUUAUGCAUGGAGCAAGUAUGCGGAGUUAGAGAGAUCUUUGUGUGCGACUGAGCGAGCUAGGGCAAUCUUUGAGCUUGCAAUUGCCCAACCAGCACUGGAUAUGCCAGUGUUAUUGUGGAAGGUACAUGCAAUAGUUUUUCAGUAAAUUUUCUGUUACUCAUAAAAAUGAAAGAAGUUAUUGUUUCUUGAUUCUUAAUCCUGCUAUUCCAGAAAUAAUGAAAAAGGGGCCCUAUCUGAUAAAUAAAUGGAGUUCAUUCAUUUCUUUUUGUUUUCAAA